AUGAGGAUUGUUGUUGGAGGCUUGGAGCUGAUAACAGAGUUCGAUUUCAAGCUCUCUUUGUACACAAACACAGCUGGUGAAGCGUUUUCGCUAGUAUACUUGCCUCAGUUAGCACACUCCUGCGAUGAUACUUCUUGCCUUGCCAGCUUUGCGUUUCUUGACUUAUCAAGAUCCCUCCUCUGCCACAACUUCUUACCAUCCGUAAAUUUCUUGGCGUCUUCUAUUGCCUCCAUGAAUCUUACCUUAUCGAUUCCUGCAACUGUUGACAUCAGAUCUGGCUGCACGACUAAGAGUGGCGAUAUGCCACAUGAGAAUGCUCUGAUCAUAGUCUACUUGAGUCACGGAAUGCAGCAGCUGAUCGGAGAUGCCAAAGAACUCCAAGACAUAGUUGACAAUUUGGAUUUGAAGCCAGAAGUUAUGAAACAGCCUGAGAGGGUAAAGAGCACAGUUCAUCAUUCGGUGGUUUUUAAAGGGAGAGUGCUCCUGACGAAUGUUUUCGUUGUGGGAACAAUUGUAGACCGUCCACUUCAGCUUCCUGAAACUGAGGAGCCAGUUGAGAACUGCGUCGAGCCUGGUGUCCGGAUCGUCAACAUCCUCUUUCGGUUUCGUAAAUCUGGCAAAUGUCCAGUCAGAGACACAGAAGAUGAAAAUAGCGACAAAAUCAAGCGCUACUCCACCUGCGAGCAAGGCAGGGAUGAGACAAGGGAUGCAAAUGCAAGGAAGCGGAAUGCGAAUCCAGUCCGGGAAGAAUGCCUUGCUGUUGUUCCACUGCUCCGACUGAGAGCUAAAGAUGAGAUCAACGACAAGACCUUUGAAGAUGUUGAAGUACUUGUAAGCGUAAUGGACAACCUCGAGAUGGGUCAGCUUCCCAUCCGGCAAAACCUUGGGUCUUUGACCUGUCUCGACCUCCUCGAUCCUAACUAUCCGGGUAGGCUCUCUCAGAAACUUCCUAGUUGA